CGGUUGGGCUUUGGGGCGUACGGACAAGGAGCGGGUGAUGAAUCUGGCGCGCGACACGUGUCCGGGGUUCUUAUCGGACGGUCUCAACAGAGUGACGUGGGCCAACGCGGCUUACCGGGAGAUGGUGGGGCACAGCGGCGGGGGGGCGGUGGUGGUGGGGGAGGGCGUGGAGGUGCCGCCGAUCACGGCGGCGGCGUUCACGUGCAGGGUGAGGGUGGUCACGUGCGGCGGCAAGUGUAGGGUUCUGUGGUGCGAUGUGUGGAGAAUGGACGGCGGAGGGUUUGCAUGGCGGUUAGAUACGGAGGUGGCUCUAACAUUAGGGCUGGAUAACAAACACCCCAAACAAACGGCGUUACAAACGAACUGCUUUUAACGGAGUACCGUAAAUCUUUCCUCCUCUUUUCUACAGUGUCCGGUACUUUCAGAUCUGAAGUCUAUGUAACCGAGUUUCCACGUACAUAUUUAUGCUGUAAUUAAUUAGUCAUUUGUAAUAAUACCUACGGAGUAUAUAAUUUUAAUUACAAUAAAAAUAAUACUCCCUCCGUUCUGACCGUUCAUAACUAAGUUACAUUCUUCGAUCAACGUGUAAAAUCUUUCUCCAUCCGUUUGUAAAAAGACUUCCCAUUUUGAUUUGGGGACAAAAAUAAGGAAAUGUUAAAUUA